UUUCCAUUUACACCUUCCUUUUUUAUAUAUAACUGGAUAUAAAUAAAUUUCUCUAGAUCAUUAUCUGGAGAACAAUAGUACGUAGCUCUGAAAUUAAGCUUAAACCAGAAGAACAUUGCUUCCCGUAUGAAACUUUGUUCAAAUUAAACUCAUGAUGCGUGCAAGCUAUUUGUUUGUAAUGUAAUGUGUCAACCCCUAAGCCACCUAAGCAUUUUGCUUGGCUCUUAACGCUUUCAUUUCUCCCUCUUUGAUUUUUCAAAACUCAGAUUUUUUAACAGAGCAUCAUAACUAAAAAGAUUGUUUUUUUAGCUGAAAAUUUACAUUUAUAAGUUGCCCACUUGGGAUCUUGGAUCAGUAUCUUGGUGGGAAGUUUGGGGAAUUUAUGAAGUAAAAUUUUGUUGGAUAAAGAUUGGAUCUUUUUAUAUUUCUGGGUACUGCUUAUUUUAGGUUUAUUUUAUUUAGUUGUUGAAGUUUCUUGUUUGUUUUGCUUUGAUUGUUAUGUUGUGAAAGUGAUUUUUUUUUUUUGUGGGACCUUGUUGUUUUGUGUUCCCUAACUCAAUUCUUGAACAAAGCAUCACAAGUUUAAUUUUUAAAGCUUCUUAUUUUAGCUGACAAUCUUGAAAGUUUUACAUGUAUUAGUUGCCCAGUUAGUGAUUUUGAUUAAUCCCUUGCAGCAAAGUUGAGGAGUCGAUGAAGUAUGAUUCUGUUAGGAUAAAGAUUGGAUCUUUUCUAUUUAUGGCUAGUGCAGAGAUUAGUACUGAAUUUGAGGUUUGCGAAACAAUAUGGGAGGACACAUGAGCAAAAAGCCUGGUGAAACUUCAGAUGCAAUCGACAAUUUGCAGUACAAGCUGAAUUCAUAUGAAGCCGCGUGCAGAGCUGACACGGACUUACAAUCCUUUGAUACAGCUCUACAAAGUCAUGUUAUCAAUACCCUUGCUGAUGGGGUUGAAGUUCGAGCACUGUCUUUUGAUUCGUUGAAGGAAGUCAUCAGAUGCCUUUUGGAAAUGAAUCAGGAAGUUGUGAAGGUGAUAUUGGAUUGCAAGGAAGACAUAUGGAAGAAUCAAGAAUUGCUCAAGCUAGUCGAGGAGUAUUUUGAUAAUAGCCUCAAAACUCUGGAUUUCUUGGCUGCUUUAGAGAAAUGUCUAAAACGUGCUUGCGAUAGCCAAUCGCUUAUUCAUGUAGCACUUCAACAAUUUGAAGAGGAAAGUGGGGUUGAAGGGAAUAGAUACACUAAGACUUUAGAGGAACUGAAAAAUUUCAGAGCUGCAGAGGAUCCUUUCACAGAGGAAUUUUUCCAGAUUUUCCUGUCUGUUUAUACACAACAAAUGGUUAUGCUUGAAAAACUGCAGCUAAAAAAGAACAAGCUUGAUAAGAGGUUUAAGUACAUACAUGCUUGGAGAAAAGUGUCAAAUGUUAUAUUUGUGGCUACAUUUGCAACUGUUUUGAUUUGCUCAGUCGUGGCUGCUGUAAUAGCUGCACCUCCGGUCGUGGCUGCUCUGGCUGCUGCAUCGUCAAUUCCGUUGGGAUCAAUGGGAAAAUGGAUAGAUUCCCUUCUCAAGAACUAUGAAGAUGCUCUCAAAGGGCAGAAAGAAUUGGUCAGCACAAUGCAAGUUGGUACUUUUAUCACAAUUAAGGAUUUGGACAGUAUAAGGGUGCUGAUAGAUCGAUUGGAAAUCGAGAUCGAAUCACUCUUGAAGAAAGUUGAGUUUGCUAUUGAUGAAAAUGCUGUUAAGAUUGCUAUAGAAGAGAUCAGGACAAAGUUGGAUGUUUUUAUGAAGAAUGUUGAAGAUCUUGAAGUGCAAGCUGAUGUGUGUAGCAGGGAUAUUCGUAGGGCUAGAACUGUAAUCUUACAAAGGAUUAUCGAACUACCGAACCAUUGAAGAUACAGAAGGUUACAGCAUGCUGAAUUUGCCUUGGCACUGAAACAUUUCUCUGCUUUUCAUAGUUUGUGAUGUUAAAUAUGGGACUUUAAUCUGAAACAUGUAUCAUGGUUAGAGGACUCUUUAGCCUUUAUACCAUCAAGAGUAAGAUUUAUUGGAUUCUUUUUUAAAGUA